GUUUCAGUGUGAUUGGGUUCGCUUCAGAGUGAAGCACAAGGAAGAAGACGAUCACAUACAGAGAGAGAGAUUAGCGAGUUAGGGUUACAAUUUCAACUCUCUGAGUCAUCCAUUCAUUGUCUCGCCGGUUUUUUUUCUUUCGCCGGCUCCGAUCUCCUCUGUUUUAUAAGGUUCGGUUUUCCGGCGAGGAAUUUUUUUUUUGGGGAUUUCCCGUUUUUGACACAAAGUUGAAGUCUUUUCUCAAAAGGGUAUUCUGGGUUUCAUCUUGUUUGCUAUUUUGCGCUGAGUAGACUGUGUCAUUGUGAUUUGGUUUGGGGGUUAUGUGUUUUGAGUUAUGAAGAAAGUGAUAGCAUUUAUUGUUUUGAGAUUUGGAUAAUUUGGAUAAUAGUACUAAUUUAUUUUCCAUUGAGUGUUGUUGUGUGUGGGGGAAGCCAAUUUUUUUCUGACAUUCAAUUUUGGGAAAAUGGGCCAGUAAAUCAAGGCUAUGAUGUAAUGAUGUUAUUCAAUUCAACUUGCUGAAUUGAAAUUGGGGUUGAUAUUUGAGGAAUCAGGAAACCUUGUCCUUUUGAUAAAUUAACUGCAUCUGCUUCAUCCCUGCUAUGAAAUUUUUUUGGAUUAUUGAUUUGAAAUUAAUGUGUUUGUUGGGUUCAUUAAUCUUUGGCCUCUAGAAGAGCUUCACACUCAUUGAGUCAUUGUAAACCCUUUAGCCUUGAAUCUCCAAUUGGAAAUUGCAAGUAUGGCUAUCUCUUUGCCUCGUUUCCCAUGGUGGUUCUGGAGUGGCAAGGAGAAGGAACCUGUUCCUAGUGGCUCUUCUCUGAAUUCAUCAUCAAUGAAGAAGGAAGGAGAGGCUAGGAAGUUUGAGAGUUUGGUGAAGGGGACAAAGAUAGCCAAGGUGAAAAAGAAGUGGCAGAGCAGGGAAGAGAGGAGAGUUGAUAGGGAGUAUGAUGUUGUUUUGGUGCCAUCUGAUGGUGGUGGUUGCUUGUCAGACUCUGAAUCUGAGGGCUCAGAUUGGUCCAUUGGGUGGUUGGAGCCUCAUGGCUCUGAUUUUCAGAGUGAUGAUGAUGAGUCUGAUGGUAGUUUUGCUGUGCUGGUUCCUUGCUAUAGACCUGGCUGCAAGGAAGUGGUGGAGGCUUCAAAUGAUGAGCUUUUGAGUGCUAUCAAGAACCUCCCAAAUGAAUUUUCUUCUGCUGGCAACAAUUACAUGGAACAAUGGCUGGCUAAUCUUCAGAAUUUUGAAGCAUAGAAAAUUACCACGUCUUCUAUGACUAGGGAACCUUUGUGACCACCUUCUAUAAGUAGAGGAGGCGAAAUAAUCCAUUAUCCAUCCAUCAAUGUAUUUUUUGUACAUAAAAUCCCCUUCUCCUUUUAUUGUAUUAGCUCAAAUUGAAAUGGAUAGUUUCAAUCUUGAACA